AUGGAACAAUGUAACAUAGCUGCUGCCCUUCCUGGACGUCGCUCGCGGCGUGGAUGGCACAGUGGACAGGACCUGAGUCCAUCCGAUCCUCUUCGAGCGCGUCUGGUGGCCACAUUCGCCGAGGCUCUCGGAUGUCGACUUCUCUCCGCCCUGUACCUCCUCAGCACCUCCCUGGUCGGUUGUACUGGCCCGCACCAUGGUCUAGGCACCCCGGUCCUCAUCUACUCUCGCGGCUCGCAAGUUCGAGGGCGAGAUGAGAGGGGCAUCGGUGGUCGCUCUUAUCCAGGUCGGGACCUAGUGGUGGCUCGGGCGUGGAACGUUGGCCCUGUUUUGCAGGCGUUGCUAGCUUCUACCCCGUUCGCUCCUCAGUGCCCGCCGGGUCCGGGGUGGCAUCGUCACAUUUAG